AUGAAUAGCACCCCUGACAAAAAAAAAACGGACGAUUGCUUAUUCUGUAGAGUCACCGGGACGAUUGCACUCGGGGGAGUAUCUGUUUACUCCUUUUUGAAAUUUGUACAAGCUCCCACCAAGUCUGGGGACAGGAAGUUUUUUGGACUCGUGUCGCUCCUCUUCUGCUCGCUAGCCAUAUACAGGGCGAGCACUCCGGCCAGGCCCCUGACGAGCAAGGGGGAGCGGCGUCUAGCAAGCGGCUA